CCAACGUCCAACAAUUCAAACGUUCCAAAAAAAAAAAAAAAUCAACGUCUCUGGUUCCGUAUCGUCUCGUCUCGCCACUCUGUAAAUUUCGCAAGUCUCUUCGAAACGCCUCUUAGCAAACAAAAAUCCCUUUUGAAUUUUUGAAUUGGAAAGCAGAAGGAGAAGAAAGAAGAAGAAGAAGAAGAAGAAGAAGAAGAAGAAGAAGAUGAGUCAGCGACAGCAAGCAGACGGUCAAACCCACAAACCAAACACAACCACAACCACAGACCCAGCGAUACCAUCGGAACCAGAGAAAAACCUCCACUCCUCCGACUACGCUCCAUAUCCAAAGCUCCAACCAACCGACGUUAUUCCGCCCCCACUCACCGAGACUUGGACCUCCGUCCCAAUCGCUUCGCAACCCCAAUCGCAACCUCAAGCUUCUCCUCCCUCCGAGCAUCCAUCCUCCUCUCCUGCGUUCCAGGCCGAAGCCCGUGCUCCCAUCGCCGCCGACACUGCUGCCACCUCCAUGCCGUCCGAGUCCAAUCCUUACGUUUCCCCUUCUCCGGCGCCGGUGCCGGGUUCCUCCGCCAAGAAUAAGAUGGAUUCAGUGAAAGAUGUUCUAGGGAAAUGGGGAAAAAAGGCAGCAGAGGCUACCAAAAAGGCUGAGGACCUUGCUGGGAACAUGUGGCAACACUUGAAAACGGGUCCUAGUUUUGCUGAUGCUGCUGUGGGAAGAAUAGCUCAGGGAACAAAGGUACUUGCAGAAGGCGGUUAUGAAAAGAUCUUUCGACACAAUUUUGAGACUGUUCCUGAGGAGCAACUUCUAAAGACAUAUGCCUGCUACCUAUCCACAUCAGCUGGUCCGGUAAUGGGAACUUUAUAUUUGUCAACGGCAAAGCUUGCAUUUUGUAGUGACAACCCACUUUCCUACACAACUGAUGGCCGGACCGAGUGGAGUUAUUAUAAGGUGGUUAUUCCGUUGCAUCAGCUUAAGUCUGUCAGUCCAUCAACCAGCAAAGUCAAUCCAUCAGAAAAGUACGUACAGGUUAUCUCUGUUGACAACCACGAAUUUUGGUUUUUGGGUUUUGUACACUAUGAUAGUGCUGUGAAAAAUCUCCAAGGAGCAUUGCAGCCUCACAGCUUGUGAUAAGUGAUAAGCAUUAUGCCAAGCUUCCUUUCUGUUAUAUAAUACACUUCAUCAUACUACACCUAUCAAAGCUGUGUUCCUGUGCUGGAUAAGGAAAACCGGAGUUAAUCAUCUUUGUAUUUUAUGCUGUUUGGGGUUGUGGGAACUGGGGUGAUAUUCUUUGUUACUACUAGAUCAUAUAGAUUUUCAUUUUCAUGUUGUGAAAUUUGGGGUGAUGGAAUGUAACAGUGUAUUUGAGUUGUUAGUCACAUUUGUGAUUGCAUAUAUUUGUUUUUGACUCUGUAAUGGUAAUUUUUCUGUGGUGUUUGAAUAAUUUAGGUGUGUAUUCCAGUUGGUGAUAAAUAUUUGAAUUGGUAAUGGCACAUCCCCUUUUUUAUUCGUUUAUAUUA